GGUUGGGCCGCGGCGGCGGGGCCGUCUCAGGCCGCCGACCCGCCCCUCCCGUCCGGCCGCUACCGCCGCCGCCGCCGCCUGGGGCUUGGUUGAGGCGGACGGUGGGUCUGGGCCGGAGUGUGGCACCAGUGCCGCUGCGCGGAGGGGUAAGAGGGCAGUCAGAAAAUGGGUAAGAAGAGUCGAGUGAAAACACAGAAAUCAGGAACUGGUGCUACAGCAAGCGUGUCGCCGAAGGAAACCUUGAACCUGACGAGUGAGCUCCUGCAGAAAUGCAGCAGUCCUGCCCCCGGCCCGGGGAAGGAGUGGGAAGAAUACAUGCAGAUCCGGUCUCUAGUGGAGAAAAUACGGAAGAAACAGAAAGGUCUGUCUGUUACUUUUGAUGGAAAAAGAGAAGAUUACUUUCCUGAUCUAAUGAAAUGGGCCUCUGAAAAUGGAGCUUCGGUGGAGGGCUUUGAAAUGGCUAAUUUCAAGGAAGAGGGCUUCGGUUUGAGAGCGACAAGAGACAUCAAGGCAGAAGAGUUGUUUUUAUGGGUUCCGCGUAAAUUACUGAUGACUGUUGAGUCCGCCAAAAAUUCAGUUUUGGGGCCCCUGUACUCUCAGGACCGCAUCCUCCAGGCCAUGGGGAACAUCACGCUGGCCUUCCACCUGCUGUGCGAGCGGGCCGACCCCGGCUCCUUCUGGCAGCCCUACAUCCAGACGCUCCCCAGCGAGUACGACACCCCGUUGUACUUCGAGGAGGAGGAGGUCCGGUCUCUGCAGUCCACACAGGCCGUGCACGACGUCUUCAGCCAGUACAAGAACACGGCCCGGCAGUACGCCUACUUCUACAAGGUCAUCCAGACCCACCCUCAUGCCAACAAACUGCCCUUGAAGGAUUCUUUCACGUACGAGGACUACAGGUGGGCAGUCUCUUCUGUGAUGACACGGCAGAACCAGAUUCCCACGGAGGACGGCUCCCGGGUGACCCUGGCGCUGAUUCCCUUGUGGGACAUGUGCAACCACACCAACGGCCUGAUCACCACAGGGUACAACCUGGAGGACGACCGCUGCGAGUGCGUGGCUCUGCAGGACUUCCGGGCGGGAGAGCAGAUUUACAUUUUUUAUGGCACUCGGUCAAAUGCAGAGUUUGUGAUCCACAGUGGUUUUUUCUUUGACAAUAAUUCACACGACAGAGUGAAAAUAAAGCUUGGAGUGAGUAAAAGCGACAGGCUCUACGCGAUGAAGGCCGAGGUCUUGGCUCGCGCUGGCAUCCCCACUUCCAGCGUGUUCGCCCUGCACUUCACGGAGCCGCCCGUCUCUGCGCAGCUGCUGGCUUUCCUCCGCGUGUUCUGCAUGACCGAAGACGAACUGAAGGAGCACUUGCUGGGAGACAGCGCCAUCGACAGGGUCUUCACCCUGGGCAACGCCGCGUACCCCGUGAGCUGGGACAACGAGGUCCGGCUGUGGGCGUUUCUGGAGGAUCGCGCCUCGCUGCUUCUGAAGACGUACAAGACGACUAGCGAGGAAGACAGGUCCAUCUUGAAAAACCAGGACCUUUCUGUUCGUGCAAGAAUGGCCAUCAAGUUGCGCUUGGGUGAAAAAGAGAUUUUGGAAAAAGCGGUGGAGAGUGCGGCCGCGAACCGGGAGUACUACCGCAAGCAAAUGGAGGCGCGGGCUCCACUGCCCAAGUACGAGGAGAGUAGCCCGGGGCUGCUGGAGGGCGACGGGGCGGACUCGAGGCUGCCCCUGGUCCUGCGGAGCCUGGGGGAGGGGGCCGGCGGGCAGGGGGCCCUCCCCCUCUCGGAGGCCGGCGGCUGCGCAAAGGCUGCAGAGAACGGGCUAGUCAAUGGCCAGAACUCGAUCCCCAAUGGGACCAGGUUAGAAGAGGAAAGUGUAGAUGAAGAGGAAAGGAAAAGAGCAACUGAAGAUGCCAAAGAACCUCCCUCGGAGAGCGCGGGGGCGGCCCCGGCGCGGCUCUGAGGGGGCCGGCGGCCGCGGGCCCAGGCAGCACGCCCGCGAGAGCGUCCCCUUCCGUCGCUGUGGUUCCUUAUUUCACGUUCGGGGUUUUUUUUUUUCUGCAGAGAGGAAAGUGUUUUUGCUGCUUUAUAUAAAAAUAAUUUUUUAAGUUAUUUAAAAAUUCUAGCUUCCCUUUUUUGAUUAAGAUUGCCAUCUUGCUUUGAGGCAAAGCGAGCACGUCAUCGAACCGUGACAGCAGAAGCGGGGAGAGGUGCCUCGGAAGGCUUUGCAGCCCCGCUGUGGGCAGAGCGCUUUCUUCCCGGGGAAGAGUGGGGCUCCUCUCCCAGCUGUGCUUUUGUGGGCCUGUCACUGUGACAGCCCGAGCGGACGCCCCUCCGCCUCCUGCCCGCGGGGGGCGGGGCGCAGUCCCACCGUCGAGAGCGAGCAGGGGGUGUGGGAGCUUGUCUGGGCAGGAUCUUUUUCCCCCCCCUAAAAAAUAGAGCCCAAAUAAAAGGUAAGGUGGCAACCUUAUUUUUAAUAGUUUUAAAUGUUGAUGAUAAUCCUAAUGAUAUAAAUACACACACACCCCUAGUGACUUCUGAAGACUUGUUUACUUUUUGUGUUGUUUUACUGUAUUAAGAACUGGUCUCUUCUCCUUGAAUCAAAGUAGGACAGGCAUCAUCUUUCUAGGGUCCAGAGUCGGCUCUGACUUUAAAGUGGCGCGCGUGGUCUCCACGCGGGUGGCGGAGAGCGUGCGGACUCGGCGGCCGCUGCUCUCCGCCGCUGGGCUCGGAGCGGGGGCUCCCGGGCCCUUCCGGUUUUCUCAAGCUAGAGAUUUUCAAAGCUACACUUUUGAGAAAAAGCCUUAUUAAAAGGAAACCAUGAUUAAUA